UAUCAGCGAGGGAGCGGCACCGAGGAGAGCAGGAUGAGGAUCCUUGUUGGAAGCUUUCAUUUCUACCUCAUUUCUUUCUUAUUCAGCAGAGCAAACACAUUCCUGACUCUGAGAAAAACCCCAGCCUAUGUCAUCCCAUUUUAUAACUGUUCCUAUUUAAACCUCUCUUCUCUCUCAGAAGCACAAGCUCCUAAAACAGCAAGAGCUCUCAAUUGCUCACAUAACAUAAUUGAAAAAAUAACCAAGAGAGAUUUGGCAGGUUUUGAUGUGCUGGAAGUUUUAGACCUUUCCUACAAUCGGAUUAAGGACAUUGAACCUGGUGCGUUUGAGAGCCUGCUCAGCCUUAUUUCUGUGAAUUUAUCCUUUAAUGAUAAGGAACUUGUUGUAGCGGGUCUUCCACCCCACUUGAAGCUCUUACCCACUAGUAAAGCCUCAGGGUCUUUGCAGCUUUAUAAGUAUCUUGAGAAAUCCUCAGAGGCUGCUCUGGAGUCUUCUGCAUCCACCAAGGAGCUGCCACACUCAGAAGGUCCAUCUGUCCUGCAAAAUGUUAAUUCCAGGCUCAGACGAAGUACAGGGACUCUUCUUCCAAGAGCAGAGAAAAACGUAACUGUCUCUCCAACAGACACAAUGGGGCCCGAUUUCUGCACAGCACCGAUAAAUGGGACACUCAACCUGUCACACAGCAACCUCUCUGAGGAAGAGCUGACGUUAAAACUGGACCCAGAUCUCUGCCAAGUUCAGCUGGACAGUACUUCGGAGAUUGACAUUAGUCACAGCGACCUGGAAAUGGAUCUUCUGUCGCUGUUCAUCCUGUUUCUGCCAAUGAAAAACGUGCAGUCCAUCGAUGCCAGUUACAACAAAUUAACAAUUAACAUUCUAGAUGUGGGGCCAAUCUGUAAAUUCCCAUCCAGCAAGCUUUGGUUUUUAAACAUCAGCAACAAUCCCAUAAACAGCUUGGACACGCUGUGUCUCCCUUCAACCAUCAAAGUAAUCGAUUUGUCCUUCACCAAUGUAAGUCAAAUACCCCCUAAUUUUGCUAAAAAAAUGUUUAAUUUAGAACACAUGUAUGUUCAGGGAAAUCACUUCAUCUACACCGUACGCCCUGACGCAGUCCCAACGGUUCCCCCUGGAACCGUACGUAUCAAUGCCAUUUCCCUGGUGAGAAACCAGGCUGGGACACCCAUCGAAAGCCUUCCCAAGAGAGUCAAAUACCUGAAAAUGUCCAACUGCUCUAUUGUAGAACUGCCAGAGUGGUUUGUGGGCACAAUGGAAGAACUAAUAUUUUUGGAUCUCAGCAGCAACCGGAUUUCUGUGCUUCCUGACUUACCCACCUCCCUGCAGCAUCUUGACAUCAGCAACAGUGACAUUAAAAUCAUACCCCCUACCUUUAAAUCUCUCUCCAACUUAACCGUAUUUAAUAUUCAAAGUAAUAAAAUUGCGGCUGUGCACCCUGAGUAUUUCCCAUCGACUUUAAUGAAAUGUGAUAUUAGUAAAAAUAAGCUGAGCACAUUGUCAUUAAGCGACACCCUGGAGAAACUCGAGUAUCUUAAUGUUUCGGGCAACCUAAUCACCAGGCUGGAACCUGCCAGACACCUUUCUGCGCUCGCUAAUCUGGACAGCAGUCACAACCUCAUUUCAGAACUCCCUGACCACUUUGGGAAAUCUCUUCCGAUGCUGAAAUAUUUUAACCUGUCAGGGAAUAAGAUCUCCUUCCUCCAGCGUGGCUCUCUGCCAGCUUCUCUGGUUGAGUUAGACAUCAGUGACAAUGCCAUUACGACCAUAGUGGAGGACACUUUUGGCCAGUUGACGAGUUUGAGCGUUUUGAGCAUUCAAGGCAAACAUUUUUUUUGUAACUGUGACUUGUACUGGUUCACAAAUGUCUAUAUCCAUGACCCCCGUGUGCAGAUAAACGGCAAAGAAAACCUCAGGUGCAGCUUCCCCCCAUCCAGGAGGGGAUUGCUGGUGGGGAGCAGCAACCUGACGCUGCUGCGCUGCUCCCUGGGCCUCCAGCUUGCCAUCACCGCUGGUACCGCCACCCUGGUGGUUUUGGCAAUAACGGGCUUCUGCUGGCACUUCGACGGGCUGUGGUACAUCAGGAUGGGGUGGUACUGGUGCAGGGCGAAGAGAAAGCAGUACGAGAAGAGGCCAGAAAACAAGCCCUUUGAUGCCUUCAUUUCAUACAGUGAACAAGAUGCUGACUGGACAAAAGAGAAUCUCCUGAGAAAACUGGAAGCCGAUGGAUUCAAGAUAUGUUACCACGAGAGGGAUUUCAAACCAGGGCAUCCCGUACUUGGUAACAUUUUUUACUGCAUAGAGAACAGCCAUAAAGUCCUUUUUGUCCUCUCUCCCAGUUUUGUGAACAGCUGCUGGUGUCAGUAUGAACUGUAUUUCGCUGAACACCGGGUCCUGAAUGAAAACCAGGAUUCUCUCAUCAUGAUAGUGCUGGAAGACCUCCCACCCCACAGCGUGCCACAGAAGUUCAGCAAACUCAGGAAACUGCUGAAAAGGAAAACCUACUUGAAGUGGAGCCCGGAGGAACACAAACAGAAAAUGUUCUGGCAUCAGCUAGCAGCUGUCUUAAAAACCACCAACGAGCCACUUGUCAGAGCAGAAAACGGACCUGCUCAGGAUGUGUAGGAGAUGGAGCGAGGCACAAGAAUGGGUAAACGUUGUGCCUAGGAACUCUGUGGUCAAAUAAAAGCAUUUCUGUGUCUCCCUCCUGCCCAGGCUGCUGUGUUGCAGUGGGGGUUUGUCACGGAACGGUCCCGGGAGGGGUCACUAGUGGGUUCGUAGCGUGCUCGUUAUUCCACCGGAUAAAACAUCCAUACCCAAAGGGCUGAGACAUGGGCACUGAUCAACAGCCUUUCCGGCCUGGGUGCUUAAUUUCUUCAGCUGUUUCCAGCAUUUCUUAAAAUGCUGUGGAUGUCAGCUGAAAGGAAGAACAGCUCGAGUAACAGUACACAUCCUCACUGGUUUUGUGAGAUUACUGCAGUGAGAAGUGG